AUGCAAUGUGGCUCCGUGCCCGGGGAUUAUUUCACACUGGCCUCCAUUCAGACAGUAGUCUGGCUGCAGAGUGCAGGUGCUCUGACAGGGCAGGCCGUCCACUGUGCUGUACCCAGGAUCACACAGACACUCUGCCUCAUCGGUCCGACUGUUCACCACGCAGCAGGUCCUCAGGUGCAGGCAACCAAAGCUGCUGCUGGUGGGAAAAAGUACGACCUCAGCAAGUGGAAGUAUGCUGAGCUGCGAGAUGUCAACACUUCCUGUGACAUCGAGCCUGCAGCCUGCAGAGAGGAGUUCCACCGUCGCCUGAAGGUUAUCACGCAGAAGUCCAAGAACAAGAAACGUACUGAUGACGGGACCGAUCAAAGGGCUCCUAAAUCUGUCACUGACUAUGCUGAGCAGAACCCAGCUCCUCCAGUGACAACCCAGCAGCAGGAAGUGGCCAUGAACCGCCAGCAGCGAUAUUUCCGCAUACCUUUCAUCCGACCUGCCGACCAGUACAAAGACCCUCAGAACAAAAAGAAAGGAUGGUGGUACGCCCAUUUCGAUGGGCCGUGGAUAGCCAGACAGAUGGAGCUUCACCCUGACAAACGGCCUAUUGUGUUGGUUGCAGGUAAAGAUGACAUGGAGAUGUGCGAGCUGAGCCUGGAGGAGACGGGUCUGACCAGGAAGCGAGGGGCCGAGAUCCUGCCCAGACAGUUUGAAGAAAUCUGGGAGCGCUGCGAUGGAAUCCAGUACCUCAAGAAGGCCAUUGAGAACAAGCAGGCCCGGCCCACGCACGCCACCGCCAUGCUUCAGAGUCUCCUCAAGUGACCCAGAGCAGAGAGA